UGGCUGAAAUUCUUUGGAAAAGGGCUAAUGUGGGGAGGGGGGUGAGAGGAUAAAUUGCGGCACCUCUUUGCCUGAGCUCACAGUUGAGCUCCUCCAAAAAGGCAGAACAGCCUGCAAGGAAGAGCCCUCACACAGCCACCAUGCUCACUGCAAGGACCGUCCUGGUGCUCGCGAUGCUCCUCAUCCUCUCCCCACGCUGUGAUGCACUCCCUUACACCCCGGUCGAGUGCUGCUUCAGUUACGCAAAGUUCCGUCUCCGGAUGGUUAACCUGAAGGAUUUCCACACAAGUCCCAAGGAGUGUUCUUCUCCAGCAGUUGUGUUUGAGACCAGGAAUGGGACGAAGGUCUGUGCAAAGCCAGAGCUGACUUGGGUGGAGAAAGCAGUUGAGAUGCUUCAAAAAAGGAAAGGACUUAAUGCCCCGUGAUGUAGAGCGGGUGCCCUGGUUCAGGCUAUCCAACGGCCUGGUGGGAAGGAAGGUUUAUAGUCAUCCUCCUGGAAAAGCCUGCAGAGGUCCCCAGUGCCGGGGGGAUGACACUGACUCCCCAGAGCGCUGCGCCACAUCGUCCAGCUGGGCAUCAGCUCCUGGGGUGCUGCCGGCCCUGCCAGCACCUGCCCACCAAGCACAACUGCAAAAUAAAGGUUUACUUCAU